ACAAAGGAUACUCGCGCGUCAUAGUGGCAUCUUCACAUCACCAAAGUCUUUUUAAUGUGGAUGAUCUCAAGGCCAUGUGUCAUUUGGAGUCCACCUACUUCAGAGCAUCCAGCGUCUAUCAGGAUUUGUGCAUUUCCAACGAGGCAAGUGGAGACUGCUGUCAGGCCUGGUCUAUCGGCAAUUAUGUGGCUGUGCUCUCGGACAAGACAUCCUGCUUGGACAUCACUGGUGAAGAUGUCAGUUCCAUUUACCAGCUGCUCUCUGUGUGCGCUCCAUUCUUUCACAACCUCUCGCUGGGUCCCAACUGUGCUGGCGGUGCCUAUGAGUGGUACUACAGUCACAGCCAUCCGGCUUCACAAUGCCCAGGUGUUCCUGAGUCAUGCAAGAAGUACAAUGCCGUCUACUACAUCCUCCACUUUCUGGCAGAUUCAGAAUUCAUGCAUCCUAGAGUAUCUACUCAUGCAUCAACUUCAGAAGAAUCAGCAUCGUCAGGAACGCCAUCUUCCAUGUUGAAAUUCUCAUCAAUAUUUUUACCAUUGGUUGCCAGGUCCCAAGCCAUCCAUGUUUUUAAACACCUUGAAAGCAUGCCAAGGGAGUUUAACAGCAUCACUAUAGUAGGAGCACAUUUUGGCGUAAAAUUUGCUCUGUUUGAGGAGUACUUGUUAUCAGAUUCUGUCUGGCUGGGACUGGUUUGUGUUGUUAUCUUUUUAUCUUUAUGGCUGUACACAACUUCCUUUUUCGUGACAGUCAUGACUUUUCUAUCCAUGUUUUGGGCAGUUGAAGUUGCCUAUUUUUUGUACACUUUUGUCUUCAAAAUCAAGUUUUUCCCUUACAUGAACAUGGUGACAUUAAUUGUCAUGCUCGGCAUUGGAGCAGAUGAUUUAUUUAUCUACUGCAGAGUCUGGAACUUGGCCAAGUCGGAGAAAAACAAUGGUAUUAUUGAAAAGAUCAUCAGCGACACUCUUCACCAUACAGUCCUCUCCAUGCUGGUCACCAGCCUGACUACGGCCGCAGCAUUUUAUGCUAAUUACAUCAGCGACAUCACCGCUGUCCGCUGUUUCAGUGUAUUUGCUGGCACCACGGUGAUGAUAAACUUUGUUUUAACUGUGACCUGGUUGCCAGCUUCCAUUAUGUUGCACGAGAAAUGGCUGCGCUGCUGUGUGCGUCUCAAUGACCGAAACCUCAGUUGUUGCUAUAGUGUGUGUACAGUUCCUUAUAAGAUAUAUUAUUUCCUCUGUGACUGGUCAAGGAUAUUUUUUGAAAAGCUAUUACCGUGCCUUGUUAUUAAAUUUCGAUACAUAUGGAUUAUUUUAUUCGGAGGAUUGUGGAUAUGUAGCAUAAUUGUUAUAUUUUUCUACCCUCGCUUUAAGCUUCCGAGUUCUCACAAGUUCCAGGUUUUUGCUUCAGACCACCUGCUAGAGCGUUAUGAUUUUGAGUUAAGUGAUUUAUUUGACUUUGAGCGGGCAGAGGAGAGUGAAGAGCUGCCUAUGUUUCCUAUAACAAUAGUGUGGGGAGUUCUCCCCACAGAUAAUGGAGAUCCACUAGACCCAUACAAUAAAGGAUCCUUAACAUACGAUCCAUCUUUUGAUUUGACGUCGCCGAAUGCCCAGCAGUGGAUUCUCGAUUUUUGCUCGAGACUUCGGCGCUCAGAUUUUUAUCAACACUAUCCAGGAAUUCAGCUAACAGACUGCUUCCUUGAGAAUUUCGUUCAUCGCUGGAUGAAACAACCAUGUCAUAAGGAAAAUUUGGAAUGCUGUAACCAGACCAAGUUUCCUUUCACAAAAUCUAAGAUGAUCACUUGCCUGUCUUCGUACAUUCCACUGCUCACCAGCACUCCAGGAAUACACUACAACAGUCGCUCUCCAGGCCCCAGAUUUAACAAUGGAAAAAUUACUGCAUUUUUUGUACAGUUUUUAAGCAACCAUUCCUUCAGCCAUUCUUAUGAAGAUGUUCAGUCGUUUUAUUUGAAAGUGGACAACUGGGUGAGGGAAGAGCUUCUUCAGGCACCUGUAGAAAUGAAAAGGGGUUGGUUUGUCAGCAGUUUAGAUUUUUAUGACCUCCAGUCAUCCCUGGCUAUGGGUACCCCACUAGCUCUAGGAGUCUCACUCUCGGUUGUGGCAGUUGUUUCAUUUUUCACAACUCUGAAUGUCCUCAUCAGCCUGUAUGCUUUACUGAGUGUUGCUGCCACCAUCUGUGUCACUCUGGCAUCUUUAGUCUUCAUGCAGUGGGAGCUGGGCGUCCUAGAGUCAGUGGUUAUCACAAUAGCCAUUGGCCUGGCAGUGGAUUUGACCCUACACUAUGGAGUUGCCUUUAGGCUGUCCCCAGACUUGGGUCGAGAGAUGAGGGUCAUUAACUCUUUAGGGCGCAUGGGCAGCCCUGUAGCAAUGGCAGCAUUCACUACCAUGAUGGCUGGGGCCUUUAUGAUGUUCUCCACUGUGCUAGUGUAUAAAAAGUUUGGAACAUUUUUGUUACUGUUGGUUAGUUUAGCCUGGGUGUAUGCCACUUUCUUUUUUCUGGCACUCCUCAGAACCAUUGGCCCCCACGAAAGCUUUGGUCAGUUUCACUGGCCAGUUUUUGACUGCUGCUCACCUUCCUCACGGGAGCACAUAGACAAGACAAUUUAUGCCUUAUCAGAGUCUACCUUGUCAUCAUCCAGCACAAGCACCAGAGAGCACAGCAGUGUCCACUACUCUCACAACCAAGAACUGGCUCCGCUCACAGAUUCCGAUAACCAUUCACAAAAGACUUGUCACCACCAGCAUUCAGCUCCCUGUAACUGUGAUCGCCAGCAGCACAGACAUCAUUCCCGACAGCAUUCUCACCAUCACCACCACCACCAUAGAUCCCGUAGAAGAAGCGAUUACUCAUCGGUGAGAACAGCAGUUAGUAGCACAGAGACAAGCCCUUUGAGGAAUCAGGAUAAUAACCUCCUGACAGUUACCAGGACCAGCUCCCGCAAUUCUACUUCGUCUCCCUCGCCAGAAAACACACUGGCUGUCCCAUUAGACCCCCAUGUCUCAGGGCAUUCCCGUGGUGAUUCGACAACACAGGAUUCAGAGGGAAGCACCAGCGACACCAGCAACACCUCGCCCGGUAUAGGACAGCACAUGAUUACCCAAGCUCAGAUAGAAAUUUCCACAUUCAGUCAGCCACUCCAAGUAGCAUAG